AAUGCAGUGCUCAAUCAGAAGCCUCAAUCCUUGUUCUGUGCCUAGUGACGUCAUGGUGUCGUGCACAUACAGCUCCAACCUUGACAGCAAGAGCGGGGAGCUUGGUUGAGCUCCCUGUCAACCAUCCUUUCCUAAGCAUUCCAUAUCCUCGGGCGGCUUUCCCUCCUCUCAACUCAUUCGCACCUUUGUAAAUUAUCAAUUGCAAUCCAUCAAUUGCAACCAUAAUUGUAUCGUUCUUUUUUUCAUUGUCGCUGCAAGCUCCUUCAAACUUUGGGUUUGCAAUAUGCUUCGCGCCAGAGCAUCACGCUUGGCCUUGAGGUCAAUUGCUACCCCUGCAGCAUGUCCAGCUAGAAGUCUCCUUAACCGAUCAGCGUCUCAAGCACAACGGACCACAAAAUUCAGCUCUUUGAGCUUCCAACGCCCUUCGAUAAACCCAAUGGUUCAAUUCAAACCCAUACAAACCGCAGUUCUCCGUCGAAAAUUAGCCGCGAAGAUUAACAAAGAAGCUGAAAAUCGGUAUUCUCACGAAAGAAUCGAACCAAAGCCUGAGCAAGUCUCGGCUACUUCUACAAUUCACCUCGUGCUCGGUGAAGUUGGAGGAGCACCUGCCACGGCGCCCGAUGCUGACACGAUGGGCGGUGUCAAACAUGACUUGAACACGAUCAAAGAGACAUUCAAUCUGUCCGAGGUACCGCGCCAGGCUUACCUCAUUGGCCUUGCUGGAGUCCUUCCCUAUCUUGCGACAUCUCUUUCAACCGUCUAUUGUGCUUGGGAGAUUAACCAUUCCGUUGGUGGACUUGGGUCCCUCAUGUCUUCUGCCACUGCGGAGACUUUCCUGCAUGUCUUGGAGCCUUUGCAGAUUGGAUAUGGCGCCGUGAUCCUUUCCUUCCUCGGUGCCAUCCAUUGGGGCCUUGAAUUUGCUGGGUACGGUGGACAUCACGGCUACAGACGCUACGCCAUUGGGGUUGUUGCUCCAGCUGUAGCGUGGCCGACAGUGCUCAUGCCAGUGGAAUAUGCCCUGAUCACCCAAUUUGGAGCUUUUGUCUUGCUUUACUACGCUGACACUAGGGCGUCUUACCGAGGCUGGACUCCACCCUGGUAUGCCAUCUACCGCUUCGUGUUGACGUUCAUUGUCGGCGCCAGUAUCGUGGUUAGUCUCAUUGGAAGAGGUGAGGUAUCCGAUCGAGUCGGAAGACUGCCAGGCGCAGUGGACAGACUGACUGCACUGAGAGAAUCGGCUCAAGAAACACUAGCUAAGGAGGAAGAGGGUAUUAGAGCGCGGCAAGAGGCCGAGGCGACUAAGGGAGGCGAUGACAGCGUUAAAGAAGCAGAAAAGAGCGAGUAAGAUGCAUUCGACUAGACGACCUUAGGAAAUCCUUUGCGUCUAAUGUCUACCGGUGGUUUCCGCAAAUUGAUUGGUGGCGUUUAUUGGCCAUUCCUCCGGAAGGGCUUUUAGCAUUCCAUGGUUUCUUUUCAGUUCGGGUCCUUUUCUCAGAAUGCCGAGCACUCUGCCACCAAAUCAUCUUUUUCGUGCGACUACUCUAAUGGUAGGCCUGUGUAGGCGUUUUCUGUAUGAUACUGUACUCCAUUAUGACAAUGUUUCAUCAGUCUGACCUU